AACUCUCGCGCAGCCCACCCUCCGUUGCCUUUACACGACCAUAGCCACAGCCAAGAUGCAGUCGCUACCAGAUGCACGAUCGCAAAGCUUCGAGGAGCUGUAUGGCCCUCCGGAGAACUUCCUGGAGAUCGAGGUCAGAAACCCAAUGACGCAUGGCGUCGGUCGCGGCAUGUACACAACCUACGAAAUCGUGAUGCGCACCAACAUUCCCGCCUUCAAGCUCAAGUCGUCGACCGUACGCCGCCGGUACAGCGAAUUCGAAGCAUUCCGCGAUAUCCUGGAGCGCGAAUCAGCGCGCGUAACCAUACCGCCCCUGCCGGGCAAGGUGCUCACAAAUCGCUUCUCAGACGAUGUGAUUGAGCACCGACGGGAAGGCCUCCAGCGCUUUCUGCAGAUAGUAGUUGGCCAUCCACUGCUGCAGACUGGCAGCAAAGUGCUGGCUGCUUUUGUACAAGAUCCGAACUGGGACAGACAUGCCUGGUAGAGGGCUCUUGUGCUGACCGUCUUUGGUUCAGAUUAACGUCACAGACGCGAUCAACCAUGUAAUAAGGGAAGACUCUUUCGGCUUCCUGCGUUUCCUGCGUAAUGGAGCGAUUAGGCGUUCUUGUCAGGUUGUCACUUGGGGGUCUUUGUACGUUGCCAAGGGUAGUAAUAUGGAGAAAGCAUCACUUGAUGCAGUUCUAGUUCUCAAAUGCUACAAAAGUAUCCAAAUCAACAGGGUC